GAGACAGCCGAGAAGGUGCAGCCGACGGGGGUGGCGGGGGCACGUUCUGGAGUGCCGAGUCCCGCCUGACGGGCGCCCCAGGACCGCGCCUGGAGCGGGGACGCACCGGGAGGAUGCGAGCUCCAGCCGGGAGGAGGGGGCCGCGACUCGACCCGGCCGCGGGGAGGCGAAGGGCCCGCGCCCCGACGUGGGAAGCACCCCUGGAGAUGAGCGCCUCCCCGGAAGCGGGCGCCAGCGAUGAUGCUGGGGAACCCCAAGGGUCGCAGAUGUGGGAGGAGCCGCCGCUUCCUGGAGAGGAGGAGCCACAGGAUCCCCGGAUGGAGUUGUCAGAGCCCCCACCGGGCCCAGUGGUGGGUAAAGAGGAACAAGAGCUGCUGGACAAAGCCUUCUUCUCCUGGGCGGAGUUCAGCUGUUUCUUCGACCAGUGGUGCCAGCAGCGGCUGGUGGUCUUUUCUGUGAAGAGCUCCACACACGUGGCCCGCAGCCCCUGGGCCAGCGCACCCCCACUCUACCGGCUCAUCCAUGUGCUCAAGUACAGCUAUGUGCUGUUGGUGUGCAAAGAUGCACGUUCGUCUGACCAGUCCUCGUCGUGGCCCCCCCAGCCCAGCUGCCCAGCCUUCAUCACGGUCAAGCUGAGCCCUCUGCGGGACCGCCUGGUGGUGUCAGAAUGUCAGCUCACGCAUUCCCACCCCCCCUGCCCACACGAGUUUGCCUGCCACUUCCGCCCGGGGCAACUGCUGGGUAACACCUGCCUGCCCGUGCGAGUCACCAACCAGAUCUCCAAGCAGUUUGUGGCCCCAGCCGACGUGCGCCGCCUGCUGUCCCACUGCAAGGGCCCUGACCACGGGGUCCUGGAUGCCUUGCAUGUGCUUGAGGGGCUCUUCCGCACGGACCCCGAGGCCAAGGUGAAGUUGGUGUUCGUGGAAGAUCAGGCAGCUGUGGAGACCGUGUUCUUCCUGACAUCACGCACUCGCGCUCUGCUGCGCCGCUUCCCGCGCCUGCUGCUGGUGGACCGGCUGCCGGGGCUGCAGGGCGCGCUGGACCUGGUGUCGGUGCUGUGCGUGGACAGCGCCGGGCGCGCGCGGCAGGCGGCCUGCUGCGUGGCCCGGCCCGGCACGCCCAGCCUGCUGCGGUUCGCGCUGGCAUCACUGCUGCAGAGCGCGCCCGACAUCAAGGGCCGCGUGCGCUGCCUGAUCGCCGGGCCCGAGGUGGCCGGGCAGCUGCGCGCCGUGCGCCAGCUCCUGCCCUGCGCCCGCGUGCAGAUCUGUCGCGCGCAGGGCCUCGAGACGCUCUUCAGCAAGGCUCAGGAGCUGGGCGGCGCCACCCGCGAGGACCCCGGGCUCUGGCCUCUGCUCUGCCGCCUGGCCGGGGCCUCGUCCUACGCCGCCUACAGCGAGGCGCUGGCCGAGCUGCGCGCGCAGGCGCCGCCCGCCUUCGUGCGCUACUUCGAGCACAACUGGGCGCCGCGCCACGACCUGUGGGUGCACUUCCGCGCCUACGAGGCCGCGCGCGACCUCGACUCCUUCGCGCUGGUGCACGGCCACCGCCGCCGUCUGCUGCGCCGCCUCAGCCCCCCGCACGGCGUGGCCCAGUGCCUGCGCGACCUGGUGGCCAUGCAGUGGGCGGACGCCGCCCGCGAGGCCGCCGAUGACGCCGCGGACGCCGAGGGCCCCGGGCCCAGGGAGCCGCUGCCCGGGCCCGAGCCUGGGGGCCGCCGGCUGCGCGGCGACGCUGAGAAGGGCAGGGGGCCGCAGGCCAGAGACUGGAAGGGGGCGCGGCCGGAGAACCAGGUGAGGGGCGCCCGGAGGGAGGGGGUGCCAGCCGGCCGCCCCGAGGUGCGGGACUGGCGGGGACCCCGGCAGGAGCCCCGCGGGGGAUCCGAGGUCAAAGCCGCCCUGGGCGAACGCGAGAGCCGGGAAGGGAGCCCUGGGAGUGGCGUCCACGUGAAAGAGGAGCCGGGGGAGCCAAGGCCCACGCCGGCGGCCGAGGGGGACCGGGGCGCCGAGGGCAGGAAACGGCUGGGGCCCAGGUGUGUGGAGGAGCCCGGCGGGAGGCCGACGGGAGGGAGGCCCGGGCCCAAGCGGAGACGAGGCCUGGAGGACAUCGUCGUGGUGCGGUUGGGAGACACCAAGGCAGCCGACAUGGCGAACGGAGACGGGGGACAGGCGGGGUGCGGGGACGCGGCCGGGGGCGAGCUGGCCGAGGAUGGCACGGACGGGGACCCCGAGCACGAGGCCCCACUCGAGGCCGGCGGAGGCGAAGCCGCCACGGAACCAAAGAGGCUCAGCGAGCCCUCGGAAGAGGAGAGCACGGACUGGGAGCCGCUGGCCAGGUUCCGGGCCGCCUGCGGGCCCGAGCUGGCCGACUUGGUGGCUGAAGAGCUGGCGUUCGCCCGGCAGCACGGCGCGCAGAGCUUCCACUGGACCGGAGCCGGCUUCGCCCUCAAGGACGGCAGCUCCGACUUCGUGCUGGACCGCGCCCUGACACACUGCAGCUGCACCAUCCAUGCCGCCCGCCGCCUGCCCUGCCGCCACCUCUUUGCCGCCCGCCUGCUCACCGGCGCGCCCCUCUUCCACGCCGACUUGCUCAGGGAUUGCUGGGGGAAGGCCCCGGCGCUCUGACCCCCCGCCCCCCGGCCCCGCACCGCGGAGGGAGGGUGUUCAUCCAUCCCAAAGAUAACGGCUGCACCCCAGCCCUCGCUCAACUGGCCAUCUCAUCCCGGCACAUCGCCUGCCUGGAUCCAAGGCCGCAAAGUGGACGGUGGCCGGUGACCCCAGAGCUCGUGGUCCCCUGGAUGCCCGGCUGCGGAAAGUGGGGUGGUCAGGGUGCGUUCAAGGACUUCCUGGGGCUGAAGAGUAAAGGGUGAUGAGACGCAGGGGGAAAGAAGGCCGGAUAGGGGCAGAGCUGGGGGAGGGGAGGCACGGCUGCGCUGCGGAGAGGUGGAGUGAAUGGAAUGGGCCGUCUAGCAAGAGAGAGGAAAGAUGGCGACAGAAAUCAGGAGCUGAAGGGAGAGGGG